GGUGCAUCGUCCCACCGUUUGGGCGAGGCAUUGAAUUGGACGGGACGGGACGGAGCGGAGCGUGCCGUGCUGCAGCUGCAGCUGGUGGUGGUGGCGUGCGUCAGUUCUUCAAGACCAGCUGCCCCCCUCCCCACCCACUUCGCUCUCGGCUUCAUUACUCUCUGCAUUUGCAUUUGGGUGGGCGUGGGCCAUUCUCCUCCUCCGCUCUUGUUCUUCUUCCCUAGAUCUGAUCUGAGAGGCAUUGGAGCGUGCAGCAAUGGCGGGCGAACUUCCGACGCCCUUGGACAUGGACACCCCGGCCAAAGUGGAGAAGCAAGAUCCGAGGUGUCCGGAGAGCAUACCGGCGGUCCCGGCCACGGCGACCGCAAACUGGUCCAAAUGGUCCACGCUCCCGGACGAUCUCGUCCGCCGCAUCGCCAAGUGCUUCCUCUACACCAACGACGUCGACUACUACAUGUGCUUCCGCGCCGUCUGCCCCAGCUGGCGCGCCGUCACCGGCGACCCCAAGAGAGACGCUCUGGACUCUGGAGCCCUGCUUCUGUUGCUUCCAGCCGCUACAUUGGAUGGUCCUGGACGACGACUUCCAGAGCGACGACACGCGGAUGGUUCUGGAGCAGCGUUGGAAGUCAGAGGCAGGAGGUGGAGCGGCUUCGUCUUGCACGGAGGUUCGGUGAAGAUGUCAAGUCAUGCCUGACCGACAGGUGCUACGCUUGGUCAUGCCUGGUCGGCAGGUGCUACGCACGACAGAUCCUCCAAGGGCUUCAAGCUGUGUCGGCUGGUGGUACUUGGCAGCAUGGCGCUGAGGUGUAUCAGUGGCGACCGCGACGUGUUCAG